AUGCGUAUUCCCGUAGACCCGAGCACCAGCAGGCGCUUCACUCCCCCGUCCACGGCCUUCCCCUGCGGUAAGAUGGGCGAGAACAGCGGGGCGCUGGGGGCCCCCGCGCCCGGCGGCCGCGCUCGGCCCGAGGUGCGCUCGGUCGUGGACGUCCUGGCCGACCACGCCGGCGAGCUGGUGCGCACCGACAGCCCCAACUUCUUGUGCUCCGUGCUGCCGUCGCACUGGAGGUGCAACAAGACGCUGCCCGUCGCCUUCAAGGUCGUGGCGCUCGGAGAUGUCCCCGAUGGGACCGUGGUCACGGUGAUGGCGGGGAACGACGAGAAUUACUCGGCGGAGCUGCGCAACGCCUCUGCCGUGAUGAAAAACCAAGUAGCGAGAUUUAACGACCUCAGAUUUGUUGGGAGAAGCGGCAGGGGGAAAAGCUUCACCCUGACCAUCACCGUGUUCACCAACCCCACCCAAGUGGCCACCUACCACCGAGCCAUCAAAGUGACCGUGGACGGACCCCGGGAGCCCCGCAGGCACAGACAAAAGCUGGAAGACCAAGCCAAGCCCUUCACCGACCGCUAUGGAGAGCUGGAACGGCUGCGCCAGUCCAUGAGAGUCACCCCGACGACACCCAACCCCCGUGGAUCCCUCAGCACCCCGAGCCACUUCGGCUCCCAGGCUCAGACUCCAAUCCAAGGCACGUCGGAGCUGAGCCCCUUCUCGGACCCGCGGCAGUUCGAGCGCUCCUUCCCCACGCUGCCGGCGCUGACGGAGACGCGCUUCUCCGACCCGCGGAUGCAUUACCCCGGCGCCAUGUCCGCCGCCUUCCCCUACACGGCCACGCCCUCGGCCACGGGCAUCGGGGGCAUCAGCAUGACCAGCAUGCCCACCACCACCCGCUUCCACCACACCUACCUGCCGCCCCCGUACCCCAGCUCCACGCAGAACCAGAGCGGGCCCUUCCAGGCCAACCCCUCUCCCUACCACUUGUACUACGGGACGUCCUCGGGCUCCUACCAGUUCUCCAUGGUGGCGGGAGGCGAGCGCUCGCCCACCCGCAUGCUCUCGUCCUGCACCAGCGCCUCGGCGGGGAACAACCUGAUGAACGCCAGCCUGGGCGCGCAGAACGACGGCGUGGAUGCGGACGGCAGCCACAGCAAUUCCCCCACCGCCAUGAGCACCACGGGCAGGAUGGACGAGUCCGUCUGGAGACCCUACUGAGGAGGAGCUCGGCUGGGAACAAAGCCGUGUCGUUGACUUAAUCGGCCACCGUGGCUCCUCUUGGGAGCCA